AUGGGACUGACUCGGAAGACCUUGCCAGUGGAUGGUCAGUCAUCGACCACCAAUACCAACCAGGCUCAUGCAGCCUGGAUCGAUGCAAUGCACAAAUUCGACGUCCUGGAUCACAACAUAGACGCCUUAUCAGGCCCCGGGCAGGUCCCAACAAGGCUGAUUAACAUUUUUACGGGUCAAAUCGAAGAAAUCCACAACGAUACCACGAAACGCUAUGUCAUUGCAUCCUACCUCUGGAAUCCAGACAGAUUUUCGGAUACUCAGGAACAUUACACUGGUUUGUGGAACGACAUACCCCACGCACCCACAUUCGACGACUGGCUCCGUCUCACUUGUCUCAUGCAUCCAAACAUCAUUCAGGUGGUUGACGCAGAGGAAAAGGAGUUGCAUCGUUUGCAUUGUCCUUCGGAGGUGCCAGUAGGGAUAUCCCGGGAAUAUCUACAAGAGAUAUUUCUCCUUCUCGCCAGGGAAGCUUUGUUGAUGGGCAUUGAGCAUGUCUGGAUAGACGGCAUCUGCAUAAACCAAGCGGACCCAGACGAUGUCGCGCGUGAGAUACCGAGGAUGAGCGAUUAUUACCGCAACGCAGCAUGCUGUGUUGCUGUAUCUGAAGCGCUACGCAGGCGCUAUGCUACUGCUGAAGGCCCUCCACAAGAUGACACCGGACCGGAAUCCAGAAGUGCUCAAGCUUGGCGCCGGAUUAUAACUUGGAUGAAGGGGUAUCAUGCCAAACGGCUCUGGGUCUUCCAAGAGACUUACCUAGCCACAAAAGUUGUAGUCCGCGCUAGUAACAUCCGGAUCGAUGCCAGCGAAAUGGUCAAGACAAGCGACUCGGUUUCACCUGCCUCUGCCAACCUUCUCAGCAUUUCUAGUCACCAGUUUCCGAUUUCCUUCCCGAUAUCGGAUUGGAAUCGUCCGAUGUCCCCUGAGCUCUGCUUGCAGUACUGUCGCGAGCGAGAAUGUACAUUCCUUCAUGAUAACAUUUACGGCAUCCUUGGUCUCUUUUCCCCCAAAAUUCGCCACUCGCUUCCAGUGGAUUACCAGCUUUCACCAGGGAUUAUUCUCGCCAUAUUUGCCUGCUUGAGAGUCCGAGCUGGGGAUUUCUCCGCUUUACUUACGCUCCAGCAUGAAUCCCAUGAAAGGGACGAUCCAGGCCUUGGCGUCUCGUGGUUGCCUAGAGGCUUUGGCUGGCACCCGAAAGACAUCUUUGGUGUGAUGCCGCAUGCCGAACUCUUGCCUCUUGUUGACCCUGAAGGCACACUACAUAUGUCUAUGUACUUUCUCGAGGUGGAGAAAGUGGUUGAAAGCUUGAGUUUCGCAUCUAUUGCGGUAGAGCAUGAUGAUCUCAAUAUCGAGAUCCAUCUCAUACCACGUUAUGCCGAGCUUUUCCGCAAACGUCCCCCUCAAACCGGAAUAUUUCAGAUCGGAGGGAUAUUGGAGCCUUCCAAUAGCGGCCGUGAUUAUCUCGUCUUCGGUCCACCUACCUUGCGGCAGCAUAUCGCAAACGAGGAGCGCGAAGAAAGACGGACGUUCUUGACUCAGAAGGCGGAAAAGAGACCGGGCGAAGUUGUAUUGGCAACCUUUGGCGAACAGAGUUGGUCGUUUGACGGUGUACCCAACUGGUGGUUCUGGCUUUUACUGGCAACAGAUGAUGAAGGAAAGACAUGGAGAAAGUUUGGUGUAGCUCUCAGCCACGAAAUUAAUACUGACUCGAUUGCACGAAAGAGAUUUAGCAUUCGGUAGUAAGAGCACAAGCUACUGUGCAUCCCGUUGUGUAGAUGAACGUUGAGACUUGGAGUAUACUUGCUAGACAUAAUUAUUACCUGUGGCUAUGGGCGCGAAUACAUGCACUUACUUAUGUACAC